GAAUUCCAAGGUUUAAGAAAAAUAAAUCCGAGGGUUGUGAAUUCCAUGAUAUGCUAAAGCGCGUGUUAGGGUUUCUGCUACGCUUCUUCUUCCGAUCCUUCACCAAAGCCAUGGGUUGUUUCUUCGCUUGCUUCAGAAUCAGAGAAAAUCGACGCAUUCACACAGCACAAUUGAUUUCGGCUCCCUCUCGUUCCACUAGUGUUCUGAUAUCUCGAAAUCGCUUGUCUCCUUCAUUAUCUGAAGAAGAGAGAGAAGAUUCUGCAUGGAAUGAUAGUGUGGGGUCUCAGGGAGAUGACCAGGGGCUUAAGGACGAGGCUAAGUUUCUUAAAGCUUGCGGAACCUUACCAGGAACACCUGCUGAAUUUCGUAAAGCAUCUGGGAAACUGAAAGUAUCACCAUCUACUGAUGAAGAUUCUGACCCGUCAAAAUUUCAUUCUUGGCUUCCCAACACCUCUGUCGAGAAACUUAAGCUGGAUGUCCAACCAUUUGGUUCACCCACUACCAUAAAAAUUUGCCAAGAAUGGCGGAAUAGCACAGAUUGUUUUGAGCAAACACCAAGCAGCUGUAUCUCCAAUGCACAAGACAGUCAAGAUGACUCUGUUGACCAUAUGGAUCAAAGUUGGACAGGGAACCUUGGUAUAGCAAAUAGGACUGAAAGGAAUGCAGCUUCACCUUUCCUAGCCACAGACACUCAGAGGAAGACCAAAUCUGUACGUUUUGAAUGUGAUAUCGACUUGGCAUCCGAUGGAAGCUCAUCAGAUGAUUGGCAUAUGAAGAAAAGCAGGUCUCCAAAUAACCAAAGUGCAUAUAAAUCAUCGCCUUAUCCUACCCCGAUGAAGUUAUUUGAUGAGAUGCAAACACCAGGAACUGUGUGUCCUACAUCACUAGAAGAGUUACGUUAUGGUAAAGCUCAAAUUCGGUCCCAGUUUGUGUAUCCAACUUACAACCCAAGUGAGCAUGUCUUCCGGUGCAAGAUACUUGAGGAGAAAGACUUGAACCUCGAAGAAGAUUCACGUGAGCUAAUUGAUUCUGUUGAACAAGCUCGAAAUGCAACUCCUAUUCCAGAUACAAGGUUGAGUGAAGUUUCAAACGAAAAUGAGGAUAUCCAUUUUUCUCGUAAGGGCUGGGAUGGCAAUGGCAUCCCUAAUUCAACCAACAAGUACAAGGAGGAUCAGAAAGUAAAGUGGCAUGCGACACCGUUUGAAGUUAGGCUGGAUAAAGCACUGUUUGAGGAGAAUUUUAUAUCUCAAAGGAAGUUUAUUGGUGGAAAGCCAGUGCCAUUUGAUGCGAUUGAAGAAGGUGAUACUCCAUCUCAGCAAUAA